AUGGGCAUCGGCUGGGUGGGCCAGCGCGGGCAGGCCCGGGUUCCCGGCCCCGGACAUCUCCGGUGGGCAGCCCGCUGGCCGCUGGCCGCACAACGCUUUGGAGAGGGCAUUGACUCCCCGGAGAGGCAGGAGGACCCCCAGGGAGCGGACCUCCCCCCCCCCCCCCCCGGGAGCAGCCCCCCUGGAGAAGCCCCCUGCAGAAGCCCCCAGAGCAAGCCCCCCAAGAGCAAGACGCCCAAGGGCUGCCCCCCAAGAGCAGAGCCCCCAGGAGCUGACCCCCAACAGCAAGAUUCCCCCAGGAGCAGCGUCUCCGAGCAAGACCCCCAAGAGCAGACCCCCCUGAGCAAGACCCCCCAGGAGCAGCUCCCUGGAGAAGCCCCCAGCGCAAACCUCCUGGAGCAAGAUUCCCCCAGGAGCAGCUCCCUGAUCAGAGUACCAGAGCAAGGCCCCCCCAGGAGCAGCUCCCUGGUGGACCCCCCCGCGCAGACCUCCUGGAGCAAGAUUCCCCCAGAAGCAGCCCCCCUAACAGAGCCCCAGAGCAAGACCUCCCGGAGAAGCCCCCAGAGCAGACCUCCUGGAGAGCAGCCCCCAAAGUUAGACCCCUCCAAAAGCAGCCCCCUGGAAAAGUCCCCAGACCAGAUCCCCCUGGAGAAGCCCCCCCAACCCCCGAGCAAGAUUCCCAGAACAAGACUCCCCCAGGAGCAGCCCCCUGGAAAAUACUCCAGAGGAAGAACCCCAGGAGAAGCCCCCCAGAGUAAGACCCCCAGGAACAACCUCCAAAGCAAGACACCCCCCCCCCCCCCCCCCGCCAGGAGCAACCCCCUGGAGAAAGAUUCCCCCGGAGCAGCCCCCUGGAAAAACCCCCAGAACAGACCCCUAGAACCCCCAGAGCAAGACUCCCAGGAGCAAGAUUCCCCCGGAGUAGCCCCCUGGAAAAGCCCCCAGAGCAGACCACCAGUGCAAGACCCCCAAGAGCAGACCGUCCAGGAGAAGCCCCCUGGAGAAAGACUCCCCCGGAGCAGCCCCCUGGAAAACCCCCCAGAACAGACCCCUAGAGAGCAGCCCCCCAAAGUUAGACCCCUCCAGGAGCAGCCCCCCUGGAGAAGCCCCCAGAGCAGACCCCGAAGAGCAGACCCCCCAGGACAAGCCCCCUGGAGAAAGAUUCCCCCGGAGCAGCCCCCUGGAAAACCCCCCAGACUAAGACCCCCUGGAGCAGCCCCCCCACACCAGGAGCAGCCCCCAAAGUUAGACCCCUCCAGGAGCAGCCCCCUGGAAAAGCCCCCAGAGCAGACCUCCAAUGCAAGACUCCCAGGAGCAAGAUUCCCCCAGAGUAGCCCCCUGGAAAAGCCCCCAGAGCAGACCCCCAAGAGCAGACCCCCCCAGGAGAAGCCCCCUGGAGAAAGAUUCCCCCGGAGCAGCCCCCUGGAAAACCCCCCCAGACUAAGACCCCCUGGAGCAGCCCCCCCACACCAGGAGCAGCCCCCAAAGUUAGACCCCUCCAGGAGCAGCCCCCUGGAAAAGCCCCCAGAGCAGCCCUCCAAUGCAAGACCCCCAGGGCGACAUUCCCAGGAGCGGGCCCCUGGAGCAAGAUUCCCCCGGAGUAGCCCCCUGGAAAAGCCCCCAGAGCAGCCCCCCAAGAGCAGAGUCCCCAGGAGAAGCCCCCCACCCAGAGCAAGCCCCCCCAGGACCAGCGCCCCGCGGCCUAGCCCCCCUUCAGAGCGUCGGCGGGCUUUCAGCUGGGCGAUCCGGUGGCCACCAUCAGCUGAGCUGUGCUAG